CUCCCCUUUGACAGCGAGGGAAAGAAUGAGAAUAGAGGAUUUAGCUUCUUCUUGUAGGCACAGACGAGCAGAGGAAAAGUCACUCCUAAAGAUUUUGACAUGAAGAAGGAUAUAGAUGCAUUGAUAGCAGAAGAACGGGCAGAAAUUAUCAGUAAAUAUGACAAGGGCAGGCAAGAGGGCGUCAGCAUUAACCCAUGGGAGGACGCUGACUUUAGCAUUUAUAAAGUCACUGACCGCUUCGGCUUCCUGCAUGAGGAAGAACUGCCGACACCCACUGCACUUGAAGAGAAGCAAAAGCAACAGGAGUUGGAGCGAGUGGACAAAUGGCUGAAGAUGUUGAGGAAAUGGAACAAAUACAAGAACAGUGAAAAGCUGGUGAAGCGUGUGUAUAAAGGCAUUCCUCUGCAGCUGAGAGGCCAGGCGUGGGCCUCGCUUUUGGAGGUCGAAAGAGUCAAACGAGACAAUCCGGGAAAAUAUGAGAAAAUGAAGCAGCAGGCUCAAAACUUCUCUACAGAGAUCAAGCAGAUAGACCUGGACGUCAACAGAACAUUCAGGAACCACAUCAUGUUCAGGGACCGCUUUGGAGUGAAGCAGCAGGCACUGUUUCACGUACUGGCCGCUUACUCUGUCUACAACACGGAGGUUAGCUACUGCCAGGGGAUGAGUCAGAUCGCUGCAAUUCUACUCAUGUACCUAAACGAGGAAGAUGCCUUCUGGGCUUUAUCCCAGCUCCUCACCGACAGCAAGCACUCCAUGCAUGGAUUUUUCAUUCCUGGAUUUCCCAAGUUGCAACGAUUCCAGACUCAUCAUGAACUCAUCCUCUCCAGAAUGCUGCCCAAGCUGAAGAAACACCUGGACAAGGAGCAGAUGACGACAGGGAUUUACUCCACCAAAUGGUUUCUCCAGUGCUUUAUCGACAGAACACCAUUCACCCUCACCCUCCGCUUAUGGGACAUCUACAUAUUGGAAGGAGAGAGGAUACUAACCGCCAUGGCUUACACAAUCCUCAAGUUACACAAAAAACGCCUCAUAAAGCUCCAGCUGGAGGACUUAAGGGAGUUUCUCCAGGAGCAGCUGGCGGAUUCGUUCCUCCUGCUGGAUGAUCUGGUGGUCGAACAGCUACAGACGGCGAUGUCAGAGCUGCGCAGUAAAAAGUUGGAUCAACCUCCUCCAGCUAAGUCAGAUGAGCUCCCAAAGAAGCCUCUGGGUCAGGAGAGACCAGUUGUCCUUGUGCCGCUGCAGCCUAACUUGCAUCCGGAGGUGAAAAUAAACCUGCAGACCAACAGCAAGCCUAUAAUAGAGACCCAGAAAACAGAUGCAACCGCCAAUCAUCAGAUUCCUUCUCCCUCUGAACUCCAGAAUUCAAUGAGCCUCUCUGGAGCAAACACAUUUUCCAUGUCUCCAGUAGCUGUCCCCACACAGGGAACGCCUUCUUCCCUGAGGCAUUGCAGAUCACCUCCAGUACCUCCAAAGGAAAACAAACCAUCAAUUUCCAUAGGUUUGGGUAGAGAUAUGAAGACUUCAUCCCCAGUGGUUUGCCAAGAGUAUAGAAAACCUGAGAACCAGACAACUGAUGUAGAGUCUCAGGAGGAGUCCAUGGACUGGCCUCCCCCCUAUGAACCCUCUCCUUUGGAUGCUGUGACUAUGCAAGCGGAGGAGGAACUCAUGGAUCUUCCUGACCUACCACCUCCACCAUUGUUUUACCCUGAGCAGAUUGACCAAAGGUCUCUGGGCCGGGAAUCACCCUGCCUGGGACCUGGGACUCAUCCAGACCUGCAUCGUCACUCUCCUUCCCCUCGGUCAGCCUCACCGCUGGUUGUUCCACUGAAGCCAUCACCGAGGCCAAGUCCAAAACCUUCCCCGCACAACUUCACAAACAAAAAUACUUCUACAAAAUCUUCCUCUCACUUUGUUCACACAUCACCCUCCUUGUCGUCUUCCAGAGUCCCACCCUCAAAACCAACCAAGUUCCCAGUUUCCCUUUAUGUUCCUGGGUCCAUGGGUGACAGGAGGCCCUCCAACACAUCUCAGUAUGAUAAUCUUUCUGAAGCUGAUGACGAGGAUCGCUUUGUGGAGAGACUGCUUGCCUCUACUCCUGAGGAAUUUCCCUGCAUAAACAGCAACUCCACCCAUGCUACUGACAGAGCCUAUGACCCUACCUUCUUCCCCGUUCCCCCACCUCCUCUCUUCAUUCCCCCCUCUCCUCUUCCCCCUGUGAUGUGCGCCCUCCCGAAGUUGCCUCAAGAACCAGAAUAUAAAGGAGACGCCAGCUGGGUGGAUGAUUCCAUCAUCCCUCCUCCACCACCCAGCUUUGCAGACAAACUCUCCCCAUUUCAGUGCACCUCUGCCCUCUGCUCAGACCCAAACAGGUCCUCAUCACCCAUUUACUCUAAGAAUUUCUCCAGAGCCCCCAGAGACCAUUCUGCCUUCCCUGCACCUUUGCUUUACACAGGGUCUCCCCCAGCUCACUCCAGGUCCUCAGGACAGUCACCGGUGGGAAUGGCAGGGGUACAGUCCAGCCCAAACUUCUGUAGGACGCCUCCUGUUGGACAAAAGCUUCCCAAAUCAGUGACUUUUUGAUUGGGCAGUUGAUAAUUCAUCUAAUUGAUUUUCAAAGCUGUUGUAAAGAUAAAAGGGCCAGUAGUCCCAAUAUUUGUCAAAUAUUUCUGCGUGCAUGUGUAAUAUAGCAUUUUUCAUGUCCAGCUACUGUACCCACGUCUGUGAAAAUUGUACCAUGUUUCUAAUGGAAGUGUUGUCAAACUUGUAUUUAAUACUGAUGUCAAGAAGUGUGACUGCCCGUUGGUUAAUCAUAGAAAUGCAUUGUGUUUUGAACAGAAGCGUAGUGCACGUAUCACCAUUCUUCCACCUCUAGCUAUGCUAAUUUUGUUCCAAAAAGGUGUCUUAAUAUUAACAUGGAGUACUUAGUACAGCAACUCUAACAAAAGGGCUACCAGUUAACACCAUCAUUACAGUCAAAGUAUUCAGGUGGAGUUUGCAGUAAAGUGUGAGCAGGCUCACAAAUCUUCCAUUGGUCAAACGCUGAGAAAAUGUCAUUAGCCUACAAUAAGCGUAGCUUAACGCAGGAUUUCUACUAAACCAGAGUGUAUUCAUGGAGUACUAAUACAACUACAAUUUCCUUAACGUUGUAAGCACCAGCAGCAGUAAGGAUGGUGCAAUAAAUGAUAAAUGUAAAUGCAGAAAAAAGUAUUAGACAUUUCAGAUUCUUUCCCUGGGAGGUUGCAGUGGGUACUCUGGGGCUCUUUUAUAAAUAAAAUGCGUUACAUUUUUGGGGGGCUUGGGAGGAGAAAGCUCUUUCAGUUAUAUACGUUUUUACAGCAAGGAUAUACUAUGUAUAUGUUCAUGUAUAUAUUAACGUUGGGGACCUAAUGUAAUAUAAUAUUGGCAGAGACCGUUUGUUUUUCAGUAGAAGUUGACACGUUUGAAGAUGGCGCCAUCUAGUGGUCAGAAAACAAAACACACCCCACAGUGUGUUUUUUUUAUUACUAGUCAGUGUUAUGUUAACGUUCAGAAAGCAAGUUUGAAUACAAGUAACAUGGGAGAGUUCAGUGUGUAAUUCAAAGGAAAAAAGCUGUAGUUUGUGUGUGUGUGUCAUUUAUUUAUUUAAAUAGAAAACGUAAUCUUUAGACAUGGAGGCUGAGCCAUAGCAGAUCUGGGAGGGCUAAGCAUAGUCAAAUAUUAAGUUAUACUAUUUUGGGUCCAAAAAUCAGUAUUUUCUUUUUUUUUUUUUUUUUGACACUUAGCAACUGUUGCAGCUAUGUUUUUCUAUCAGAGUCUUCGGCUUAAGACUUUGGUCUGUGUUUGCAUUGCCUCACUAUAAAGUACUGUUUUUGGCAUUCAUACAUGUAUGUUUGGCAUGACAGAGUACUGGAGCUUUGUUGUUGAAUGCCAUCACAUAUUACACAUCACUGCUCAUUUAAGGAAUGUUGUCAUUAUGAAAACUGAGGCUAAGACCAAAGCAUACCUGCAUUUAUGCAACUACUUGAGUUUUAUAAAGAGAUUAAUUAUACAUGUCUCGUUAUGUUCUUCAAGCAAUCGUGUGCUUUCAAAUGUUUAUUGCAUAAAAACAAAAUAAUGUAGUCUUACAAAAUAUACAAGUCUUGAGUAGCUUCCGUUCAUAUUAUGCAAGAUUUUUUGCAUAAAGAGUACACUAAGAGCAAGGAAACGGGAUGACAGCAGAUACAAAAGCUUAAUUUAAGUCAGUCUACUGGUCUACAGCCCACACCCUUUCUGGGUUACUAUAUGCAUAGUUCAUCUUCAUAAUCCAAAACUGUGAUUUACUCAGAAUUAUAUUAGCUUGCAUAAAUAGACAAGGUAUCCCGAAUGGCAUUUUCCACAUCGAGUUGUUACCCAAGACUGCACUCAUCUUUCAGAUGUUCUGCAUAAAAUACCUUGGCUAUAAAAGAAAAUGAAACAUUACCUCAAUAUAACAUGAGUGCAAAAUGAGCUUCCAAUGCCUCCAAGCUAAAAAAAAAAAAAAAA